AUGAAUCAAGAAGCCAAUGCUUCCACUGUCAACGACUGUUCCCUCAAUUUUGGAAACUUAUGCAUCGACGAAGACAACAACAGUGGAGGAAUUGCAGUUCAGGGUGGAUUAAUAGAAAUUCCUCAAUGUUCUGACCAAAACCCGGCAAGAAAUAUCUUAUCUCCAGGUCUUUGCCAUACCAAUUUUGAGAUAAAGCAUGGGAUAUCGCCUUCGAUCAUUGUUAUAGGCGGUGGCUUUGCCGGGAUCGCGGCUGCAAGAGCUCUUCAUGAUGCUAAAUUUCAGGUGACUGUGUUGGAAUCCAGGGACAGAAUCGGCGGUCGGGUUCACACCGAUUAUUCCUUUGGAUUCCCGGUUGAUAUGGGAGCAUCAUGGUUACAGGGAGCUUCCAAUAAGAAUCCAUUGUCACCUCUUAUUGGAAGACUUCAGUUGAAACUUUACCGUACAAGCGGUGACGACUCUGUUCUGUACGAUCAUGAUUUGGAGAGAUAUGCUCUGUUUGAUAUGGAUGGAAAUCAAGUCGCAAAUGACUUGGUGUCAAAGGUUAGUGUGAUAUUUGAGAGCAUCUUGGAAGAGACGGACUUAGUCAGGGACAUUAUCAGUAGGGAUAUGACGAUUUCUCGUGCGAUUUCGCUCGUUUUUGAACGGCGGCCGGAUUUAAGGUUGGACGGCCUUGCUCAUAAAAUCUUGCAGUGGUGUCUGUCCAGAAUGGAAGGCUGGUUUGCUGCAGAUGCUAACACGAUAUCGCUCGAAAGUUGGCACGACGAGGAGCUGCUUCCCGGAGGACAUUGCAUUAUGGUUGAAGGUUAUCUUCCCGUCAUUAGAAAGCUUGCUAAGGAUCUUGACAUUCAGUUGGGACAUAGGGUUACUAAGGUUGCUAGAGAAGAGAAUCAGGUGACAGUGACAGUGGAGGACGGGCGAACGUUUCUCACUGAUGCCGCCAUAGUUGCUGUCCCCCUUGGUGUGCUGAAAUCAGGUCGCAUCCAAUUUGAACCACGAUUACCAGAUUGGAAAGAGGAAGCCAUGAAUGACCUGGGAAUAGGGAUUGAAAAUAAGAUAGUUUUGCUCUUCAGUGAAGUCUUCUGGCCAAAUGUAGAGUUCUUGGGAGUGGUUGCGGAAACUUGUUAUUUGUGCAGUUACUUUCUCAAUCUGCACAAAGCCACUGGUCAUCCUGUCCUUGUUUACAUGCCUGCAGGUCAACUAGCCCGUGAUAUUGAGAAAAUUUAUGAUACAGUAGGUAGGCCUCAUGAUCUUUACAAGAAGCUGAGAAUUCCGGUAGAAUACCUGUUCUUUGCUGGGGAAGCGACGAGCUUCGAAUUCUCUGGUUCCGCUCAUGGAGCAUACUCUUCGGGGCUGAAGGCUGCGGACGAUUGCAGGAUGCUUUUCCGUGAGAAGUAUGGGGAGUUUGAUCUCUAUAACCCUGCAAUUGUCGGGGAAGAGACAGUCGGACUGCUGAUCACCCGGAAGUAA